AGACAGAGAUGUGGACUGUCCAAAUUGACAAAUGGUGAGAAAAGUCCCUCCAGGGAAAGGUGUUAAGAGGGUGUGAGGAUCACAUCCAUUGUGUGGCAGACUAUGAUAUGAUAAAAGAUAUGGCUGUGUCAUUUGAAACAAUGUGUAAAGCCACACGAGAGCCUCCUCAGGAGGCCUUUUGUCUCGGGCAGACCUCGGACAGUUGAGCUUGUUGGCAGCCUUCAUUUUCAGUUGGCAGUCCAGAGGAGCAUUCUGUGAAGCAGGCGAAAGAAACAUGGAGGACAUGUGGGUCCUUGUGUGUUUAGGAGUUGUGUAUUCUGCUCGGACCGCCUUUACUCACGACGCCAGGACAUUAUUUGUGCUGACAGGACCUGAAGUGUUGCCUGCUGGGACAUCAUCUCUGCUGGCUGUCACCGUUCUCUCUAACCUUACUGUCAGGGUCAAGGCGGAAGUUUCGCAUGGCAACACUAAAGUAGCCCAGACAGAGGACUUCCAAGGAGGUGUAACUCAGCUGCUUACGCUCCCUCCACUUCCGGGCUCCAUAACUCAAAAUUCACAUUUGAAUUUGACGGUGACGGGCUACGAUGGCGACAGCAUAGUCUUCUCCAACAUCACCACCCUCAGCUUCGACCUCAGGAACGUGUCCUGUUUCCUUCAAACUGAGCAUUCACAAUAUCGUCCAGGAGACAAUGUCAAAAUAUGGGCCGCGUGCGUUCGGUUGGAUAAUCGUCCAUACAAAGAAAGUGUGGAUAUCUCCAUUAAGAAUCCCAGUGGGAUUGUGGAAGAAAGGCGGCAGUACAAUCAAAGGAUUGUGUUUCAGGAAUUUCAUUUAUCCCAGACCCCUUCACUAGGAAAGUGGGCUGUCACCAUCACAGCGCAGCAUGUGACUGAAGAGAGAACAUUCACUGUGGAACAUUAUGAGCCCCCGCAUUUUGACAUGCUGGUCAAGACGCCAACACAAGUUCUAAUUGGAGAGGAUAUCUCAGGAUCAGUGAGAGCCAUUUAUCCCAGUGGAAAACCUGUUAAAGGAACCCUCGUGAUUUCACUCACUCAGCCAUCUUCUGUGAACAACAAAACACAAACCAAAGAGCUUAAUGGGUCAGUUCACUUUCUCUUCAGCAAAACUCAGCUUCCGGGCCUCCAUGCACCAUCAAAAGUGGACCUGGUGCACAUUACAGCGUGCAUCACUGACAAGUCAACAGGAAUUAAAGUCAGCAGAACAGUUGCGGUCCACCUGAUGAAGACCUCAUUCCAGCUUAAGUUCUGUGAUUUCCCACAGUCACUAAAGCCCUCUUUAACUUUCUUUACAAAACUUAGUAUCUCCAGAUACGAUAGAAAGCCUCUGAGCCCAGUGGAUCGAAUGAACUCCGCUGUGGUUGACGUCACUCAGAGAACAUCGAUGAUGGAGGCUGAAACAACCACAAUGACUCUCCCUGUGCCUGAGGAUGGGAAAGUCCACAUUCAGUUUAAAUUACAGGAUGAAGUAAAGACGCUUUUAAUUCAGGCCAAGUUUCAGUCAAGUGUAGAGACUCUGACGCUCUUCAACAACUACUCAUCUCCUAGCAGCUCAUAUCUUGUAAUCUAUCCUCGCUUACCUGCAACGGUUGGAUUGCCUCUUCAGUUAGAUGUGGAAAGCACAUUUCAACCAUCCAGCCUUCAUUAUGUGGUGAGCUCUCUUGGUCAAGUGGUGACAGCAGGGACAAAGACUUCCUCCUCCUUUUCUCUGAUGCCGACACCGUCUUGGUCCCCUGAGGCCCGCAUCACUGUUUAUUCCGUCCUCUCUGAUGGCGAGCUAAUUAGUGACACUGCACAGAUCCUCAUCAAUCAACAAGGAUAUGUAUCUUUAAACUGGAGCAAGGAAAAAGCCCAGCCAGGUGAGCAGGUGUGGCUUACUGUGACAGCCCACGAUCAGAACUCCCAUGUCGGAAUCUUGGUGACGGGAAGGCACUAUGAUGCUCCACAGGCUGACUGGGAUUUGAAAGCAUGGCAGGGAUGUAAUACAAAGAUGCUCUCCAAUGCUAGACUGCGUAAAGAAAAACACUUGGUGGAUGGAUCAGAAAAUGACAGGGAUGCCAUCUUAUUAGACAAGUACUGGACACACUGGAUGGACAGAAGCAAGCCCCUUUUGUGGUUUGAUGCUCCUCUCAGUAACAAAACCUGGACGAGUGAGGGAAUAACUGUUCCAGAUGAUGUUGCAUGUUUAGAUGCCGCCGCACUGGUGAUGUCAGAUGAGUUCGGUUUGGGAUUCACUCCUAUGCCACAAAAGCUGAUGGUGUCCAAAGAUUUUUUCUUGUCUCUAAAUGUUCCAUCAUACCUCAUCAGAGGAGAAGAGCUUGUACUGGAAAUAAACAUCAUCAACCACUUAGAGAGAGACUUAGAGGUGAUCUUGUUGCUUUCACAAAGUGAGGCUUUUGAGUUUGUGUUGGAAAAACAUGGCGACGAUGCCGUGUUAAAUGCACAAACGCUCAUCUUAGAGGGCUACGUCUCUGCCACAGCUUUGUUCCCUAUCAGGCCCGUGGCUCUUGGGGAGAUGGAGUUAUAUGUGGACGCUGUAUCUGUGAACUGCUCAGACAGCCUUGUUUGGAGAGUACUUGUGAAGCCUGAAGGAUUUGAACAGUCCUUGUCAGAAACACUCUUCCUGGAACUGGCACCACACACCCACAACAAAUCAGAGUCCAUCUCUAUCUCUUUGCCACCAAAUGUGGUGCAAGACAGUCAGCGAGUCAAUGUGGCAUUAGUGGGUGAUGUGUUGGCCUUGUCCAUCAAACAUUUGGAUUCACUGGUUCAAAUCCCUCUUGGAUGUGGGGAGCAGAACUUGAUACACUUUGCUCCAAGUAUUUACGUGCUUCAGUACUUGGACUGGUCCAGCCAGGAUCAUCCCGAGAUCAGGAAAAGGAUUUUGAACUACAUGUUUGAAGGGUAUCAAAGACAGCUGUCCUACCAGAGAGAUGAUGGAUCCUUCAGUGCUUUUGGUGCAAGUGACACUGCUGGUAGCACAUGGCUGACCGCCUUUGUCCUGAAGUGUUUCCUCCAGGCUCAACCCUACAUACAGAUAGACCAAAGUGUCUUAGAUCGGGCAAAAAAUUGGCUCAUAGACCAUCAGGGGCCCCAGGGUGAGUUCCAUGAGGUGGGAAUCUUGAUGCACACACAGAUGCAUGAAGACCUUGACAACAGCUCUGUGGCCCUCACAGCCUAUGUAAUGAUAGCCUUACUGGAGAACAAGACCUAUGUGGAAAUGUACAUUAGCAAUAUGUCCAUGAUGCAAACGUACCUGGAGGGCCAUGUGACCAAUGGCGCGCUAAGUAACUACACACUGUGUCUGGCAGCUUACGCUCUCGCUCUCGCCAAAAGUCCUGUGGCUGCCACUGCACUGACAGAGUUGAGCAGGAGAGCUGACUACAAAGAUGAUGUAAUGAUGUGGGCAUCCUCUGCUGGUUUGGACCCGUAUAAGGAGCAGCCUCGCUCGUCUCAGAUUGAAAUGGCUUCGUAUGUGAUGCUGGCAUAUAUCCAGCGUGGCAGCUUUUUGAAUGGGAUCCCACUGAUGAAAUGGUUAAGCAAGCAGAGGAACCAUCUUGGUGGUUACGGGAGCACACAGGAUACUGUCAUUGCGCUGCAGGCUCUAGCUAACUAUGCUGCAUUUAGUGGAGCCAACGCCAUUGACCUGCGUCUUCAUAUCUCCGAUCAUGCCUCUUCAUUUAUGUUCCCCAUCAACUCCACCACAUAUCUAACAUAUCAGCAGCAAGAGAUCAAUGCUGAACAGGAUAUUCACCUCAAUGUAAACAUUGAAGGAAGAGGAUUUGCCAUAUUCCAGACGAAUGUCUUUUACAACCUGGAGAGCAAAGCGUUUUCACAGAAACGCUUCUUGCGUGCCAGAGACGAGGAGGCUUUUGAAUUAAACUUGGACGUCAAUGAUGAGGAAGACUACCAUCACUUGUUGUUAUCUGUGUGUGUCAGAUUAAAGAACAGUCAGGUCAUAACCCAAACAGGCAUGGUUGUACUGGAUGUAGGGAUGCUCAGUGGCUUCACUCUUCACCCUGGGGCUGUUGCUCCAACGCAUCUGAUCAGAAAGGUGGAGACCCUGCCUCAGAAUGUCUACCUCUACCUGCAUUCUCUCAACAAAUCAGAGGUUUGUAUCCAAAUUCCACUCAUCAGAGUGUUCAAAGUGGCUCACAUCCAGGAUGCUCUGGUGCAAGUUUAUGACUACUAUGAACCCACGAGGAGAGCAGAAACAACAUAUAAUUCUGAUGCGCUCCGCCACAUGGACUCGUGUGCCUUCUGUGGGGAGGACUGUCAUCUGUGUAAGACGGGAAUUCCUAUUGUGGUGCCCGCAAAUUUCUCAGCUCACUCAAUAAGAAGCACCACCCAUAGCGUUUGUUGCCUUCUAUUUGGAAUGAUUACAGGCUACUUUUUCAUUAUAGUAGUAUAGUUAAAUUAUAGUCUAAUUUGAUCUACCUAUUCGAUUGUAUGUGUAAUUAAGACAUACUACACAACAAUUGCAUUAUCAAUGCUCGACGGGUGCAUUCAAGUGUUGCAAUGUAGUCUGUACCCCCCCCCCCACCACC